AUGAUGUCAAUUAUAUUCUUUUUUAUCUUUCUUACUUCUUCAUCUUUUGUUACUUCGCUUACCCUUGAUAUUCGUUAUCCACAGUUUUUUCAUCAAUCAUUAAAUGAUUCCUCAGUCGAAAUCACCGAAGGUAAAAGUGCGGGAAGUUUUAUCGCUUUUAUUAGUCUGAUUAAUGAUACAAACAUUAUUCCAAACGAAUGGCUACUUAAUCUAACUGAUACUGAUUUUAAAGUUCAAUCGAAUGGCUUAUCCUAUUCAUUAGUAACGACUCAAACACUUGAUCGUGAACGGAAAGAUUUCUACGAAUUUUCCAUCAAUGCACAACACCUUAUUCCACCUUAUGAAAGACUUUCCAAAACGAUCCGUAUUCGCAUACUCGAUAUAAAUGAUUGUCCACCGACAUUCAAUCAGACAAUCUAUCAAACGACAAUGGUACCAAAUGAAUCGACUUUUACAAUCACAGCAUCCGAUUGUGAUCAACCGAAUACAGAAAAUAGUCGCAUAACGUAUUCUUUAUCGAAUUAUCAAGAUUUAUUUCGUAUUAAUGAGACAAGAGGAACAAUCGAGUGUAUUAAAAACACCAAUACAUAUGAACGUUAUGAAAUUAUUGUCGUAGCACGUGAUCACGGCAAACCAUCGUUAUCAUCGACAACAUUAGUUCAAAUUCAAUUAAUCUCAUCAGAUCAACACAAAAGAUCGACCACAUUAUGGUUACGCGUGGAACAAAAUCCUCGAAACAUUCUCAUACUUGCUGGUAUCCUAGCAGCAUGCUUUGUCUUUAUAUCAUUGUUUAUAUGUUUAAUAUGUUGUAUAAAAUAUAAAAUUAAACGGCGAAAGGAAGAAAAUAGUUUAACAACGCCGACCAUCAAAUCGAGUAACAUUCAUUCGAUGUUGAAUGAAAGGAAAUUUCCUUCGACCUCAUCAACAACUUCAUUGAACGAACUUCAACAGCACACGGCAAAUGGCCAGUUUACUCGUAUUUCGGAUGAUUUGCAUUUUGAGCGCACAGCAAUUCUCUACGAUGCAAUCAACGUCUUCCCCAACACGUAUUAUUUACCAUUGAAGCAACAAUCGGAGCUGAUCGAAAAUAUCAAUAAUUCGAAUAAUAAUGAUUUAUCAACGCAUUUACCGCAAUCAUCAUCAUCAACUACAAGUAGCCCAGUAUCAGCUACGGGCACCGGGCCAAAAGCUUGUUCGGAUGAUGGUUGUUAUUGUUCAAGUGAUAUGUCAUCCGAACAAUCGAAUAAUCUUCUUCUGUUAAAUCCAUCGUCGCUCUCAGCGACGAAUUCGAGAUUAUCAUCGAAACAUGUUCGAUUCACUGAACAUCAACAUCACAUCGACGGAGCUCUGCAACGUUUCGAAAAUCUGUACGGACCAAAGACUACAUCGGACCAUUGCGCUUCUUAUGUUUGA